AUGGUUCUUAAAUCAACUCCGGGAGCUAAUAUUCCCAUUUACCAAAUCUCUGGUACCAAUGCAUCACGGUCACUUCCUGACUGGCUUGCUCGGAAGCGGAAGAGAGCCCUGAAGGAAGAUGCUGACUAUUCGAGUAGAGUGGAGCUGAUUCAAGACUUUCAAUUUGAAGAGGCUUCAAAUAAGAUCAAGGUAUCACGAGAUGGUCAGUUCUGUAUGGCUACCGGUACUUAUAAACCACAGAUUCAUGUUUAUGAUUUUGAACAAUUGUCAUUAAAAUUUGACAGGCAUACUGAUGCGGAAAAUGUCGACUUUCUGAUGAUAUCGGAUGACUGGACCAAGUCUAUUCAUUUACAAAACGAUAGAAGCAUUGAAUUCCAUGCUCAAGGUGGUAUUCAUACAAGAUCAAGAAUCCCAAAGUUUGGUCGAGCCAUGUGUUAUGACACUAAUACCUGUGAUUUAUAUAUUGGAGCCUCUGGAAAUGAGGUAUACAGAUUAAACAUUGACCAGGGAAGGUUCUUGGCCCCCUUUGAAGUUGAUGCUGAUGGCGUAAACUGUCUAGAAAGAAACCCAUGUCACGGACUUUUAGGAUUUGGUAUUGAAGAUGGUACAGUUGAGUUUUGGGAUCCCAGAUCAAGACAUAGAGUUGGUUCAUUAGAUAUUGGUGGUGGUGGAUUUGGUCUAGGAAGUGGAGCUACCGCACUGGCAUUCCACCGCGACGGACUAAAAGUUGCCUGCGGUAACUAUGAAGGUAAUACAUUGUUGUUUGAUUUACGGUCUUCGCAACGUACAUUAAUAAAGGAUCAGGGAUACGGAUUCCCUAUCAAGAACAUUGAGUACAUUGACACAGAUAGUGUAAGCGACAAGAUUUUGACUGCCGAUAAGAGAAUUGCCAAGAUCUGGGAUACUAAUACAGGAGAAGCAUUUACAAGUAUGGAACCUACAGUGGACAUUAAUGACGUUGCCCAUAUUCCCAAUACUGGUAUGUUCUUCUUUGCCAAUGAGGGAAUUCCUAUGCAUACUUAUUAUAUUCCAGCUAUUGGCCCGGCACCCAAGUGGUGUUCAUUCCUUGACAGCAUUACUGAAGAACUUGAAGAGAAGCCUGCUACUAGUGUCUAUGAAAACUAUAAGUUUGUUACUCGUAAGGAGUUGGCGGCUUUGAGUUUGGGCCACUUGAUUGGCAGUAAUAUUGUCAAGAGUUAUAUGCAUGGUUAUUUUGUUGACCAACGGCUGUAUGAACAAGCUAAGCUUAUCACUGAUCCAUUUGCUUACAGAGACUACCGUGAAAGAGAAGUUAAGAAGAAGAUUGAUCAAGAAAGAGAGUCUCGUAUUCGUACCACUGGAGCUGCUGCAGCUGCUGCCAAAGUUAAGGUCAACAAGAAGCUGGCGUCAGAAAUUGCUGAACAGGGAGAAGGCGAGGUUGACGACCGUUUCAAAGCUAUUUUCGAAGAUCCAGAAUUCCAUAUUGACGAAGAGAGUUUUGAAUAUAAAUUAUUGCAUGGUGGCCAGGCAGGUAAGAAGACUACGAACAGCGCUGAUGGCAAUCUAAGAGACACCCCUCGAGCAUUAACAGCCGCGGAAGAGGAAGAGCAAGAAAGAGAAAAUGGCAAGAGUGAAGACGAAUCUGAAUCUGAAUCGGAAGAUGAGGAUAGUGAACAAGCACAGAAACGCAAGAUUGCCGAAAUGAGAAAGCAAAAACAAGAGGAGAGAAGAAAUAAAAAGCUUCAAGCAAGAGAGCAGCUGAAUAACUCGCUCCCAGAAAUGAAAGUGAUUCGCCAGAGUGCUGAGUCUCAGCAACGUGCUAAUCGUGCAUUUGGUGACCAAGUUCAACAGCUUGAAACAGAUCAAGAGCGAAAGUCUGCAACCACCUCAGAAGUACGCCGUGGACCUCGUGGUGAGAUGGAGAUUUCGUUUAUUCCACAAAAGAAGAAGCCUGUUAAGAGAUCAUCUAGAAAUACGGAAGAUGACGAAACAGCCGAAAACGGUGCUCUUGAAGAUCCUUCAAAUAAGGGUCGCAAGUCUCAACGGUACGACAAUAGAAGAAGAGCGAGUAAAAAUGUCUUCCGUGGAAUGUAG